AUGUCCCCCUUCACCGUAACCGAAGCGCACACGCGCUCCGAAAUCAACACCAUAGCCCUGCUCAUCCAAAAAGCCAACCGCACACCCUACCGACCCUUCGUCGCCAUCCAAACGCCCUUCGCUCCCGAUCACCCCACCGCGCUGCGCCUCUCGCAAGACUGGUUUUGGAACAACCACAUGCACACACCGGGCAUUCAGGAUCGUGAAACUGGAGAGGUAGUCGGCGCGGCGAGUUGGUUGGUGAAUGAGAAGAAUAUUUUUCCGAGUCCGAUGCAGAAGAUUGAGGCGGAGUGGUGGCCGGAGGGGGAGGGGAGAGAGUUUGCGAAUUUUGUGCUGAUGCAGGCGUUUAGGCCGAGGAUGAGCUGGAUGAGGAGGGGGUGUGUCAUCCCCAAUAUCCUAGCUACGCAUCCUUCCUACCAUCGUCAAGGCGUAGCAAGUCUCUUGAUGCAAUUUGGAGAGGAAAAAGCGAAAGAGCUUAAGUUGGAAUGCUGGAGCGAAGCCGAAGGCGGAGCAGGAAGAGAAGGAGCGAGAUUUCUACUCGAGAAACAUGAUUGGAGAUCGUUACUUGAAUAUUGCAUUUAUGGAACCAAGGAGAAUAUGAGUGAGGAGUGGCAGGAAUUAUGUCAUAAGUGUUAACCGCAAGAACAGUAUGCAAUGUGGAAACCAAAAGGAGGCGUGUGGACGGAUGAUACGGUUUUGCCGUGGGAUUUGGGGGUAGAGAAUUAAGCAUGCGUGGCUUGCUUUGUUCUGAAAUGAUGGGAUUGAUUCUUGAUGAACAAACGCAUUUCGUGUGGU